AUGGAACUCGAUCACCUCAAGGAGGAUGUCCUCAUGGGGGACACGAACGAGGUCACGGUACCGGCGGCGAUCGUGGCCUCGGCCCCGGUGCUUGAUAUGGGCUUCCAUCCGAGGCUCCCGAUCAUGGCGGCUGGCCUCGUCACCGGCGAAGUUGAAAUCUACAAGCGCAAGAGCGUCGAUGAGAUGGUGAAGAUACCCUUACAAAACGAUUUCUCAUCAUGGAUCUUCUCCGGGCAGUACCGCGAGGACGAAGUCGUGAUGAAUUACCAUCAUCAAAAUAUGUUGAUGCACCCCUCCGGCAGCGUCUCGUCGAUGGAGUUCACCGACGAUGGCAACUACCUCGUUAGCGCCAGCGGUGAUCGCACGAUAUCAGUGAUGGACUGUGUUUCACUCCGCCUUGUCAUCCACAUUCCGGAUGAGGAGGUGCAUGCCCGCACGGCUGGCAAGAAGAAGCUGAACUCGAUGAACAAAACGAAUGACCCGACGGCGAAAAGCGGAAAGGCAACGCGGCAGAAGGCGGCUGCGGCGCCCCGCGGCAGCCGCCGUGGUCCUACUGCGCCACUGAACCCGCACAAAUACGGCAUCUCCGCUCUCAACGUCUGCGACGAGAAUCUCAUAGCAACAGGAGACGACGACGGGCUUAUCGCCGUAUGGGACAUGCGCGAGCGGAGGCCUGUGUAUGUGUACCACGAGCACGGCGACUACGUGUCGCAGUUGUGCUACUUCACAGACGCCCAAGAACUCGUUUCCAGCAGCGGCGACACUUGUCUGGGCGUCUACGACAUGCGCGCCGGCAAAGUUCGUGACUUUAGUGUACGCCGAAAGGACGAGCUAAACUGCUUUGCCUUCAUCAACAGCAGUGGCGUUAGCAACGCGACUUUCAUCCCAAGCAUUGUGUGCGGUACACCUCACGGCGGACUGCCGCUAUGGAAGUACGGCUCGUGGGCUCGUCCGUACGACGUGAUGGACCGCCACCCGGCAGAGUGCGAGGCCAUCAUAUCUUUUCACGGCGAGAACACCUCCUUUAACCACAACCUCAUCCUGACCGGCGCGUGUGAUGGACUGGUGCGGGUGCUGCAGAUGUAUCCGGUGCGGCGCAAUCUCUGCCAGCUGAGCGCACGCGACUACACCUACUCUCACUCGAGUGCUCUCGGGAACCAGAGCAGUAGCGGUGGGCCCCAGCAACAAGGCAACUACGUGGCGCGUCGCGCGCGUGGGCAGGAAGCGAUCAGCCGUAUGCGCGUGUCACACGACGCGAACCUGCUUGCCGUCAGCGGCUCGGACAACAUUAUCGACUUUGUCGACAUCGCUUUCAUGAACGACGAGGCGGAGCUGGAUCAGCUCCGCGGUCGCGCAGAGCAGCACCAUCUGCGCACCCUGCGUGAACUCGACCGCGAGUUGGAAGAAGAAGAGAAGCGCGAACGUCGUCUCCUGGAAGGCUGUGGAGCGGACGGUGAAGGCGGCAAAAACGACGUCGACGAAGCGAGCAGCGACCCGUCCAGCAGCGAUGCUUCGUCUCCGUCAAGUGAGGACAGCGACACUGAUGUCGAGAUGGAGGCCGACGCGCAGGCGAGGCUGGCCUCUCGCGAGGUGCUGCGACAGAGGUUUGCAGAGAUCGGCAUUGCGCCACGGAAGCGCGUCCAUUUCGACGGCAACAGCGACGAUGACGACGAUGGUGGCGCUCCAGCAGCGAAGAAGAAGUCGUCACAGAAGGCGCCGCAGAGAUCUGACGUGCGAGGGCAGAAAACAGCCAAGUCCACUGAAAGUGCCGCCGCAUCAACACGGUCGCCCUCUGCAGACACCGGUGCACCUCUGCCCCCAAAGGCCUCCAGACGUGUAGAGAGUGGUAUGUCAGGCACCGACACGGCAUGCAAUCAAGAGCCGCUCAAAAAGAAGAGGCAAGCCCCCGUCGAGACCUCCGCGUUGUCGGCCACUAUGGCAGCCACGGACGCCGCCAACGCGAACCCUUCCUCCGUGGCGGCUUCUUGUGUCGAAGCGGUGGAGUCGAUGGACUCGAUGGAGGUGUACCGGACAGAGCGGCAACAGAAGCGCGAGCGGGCCGCCGCGGCACGCUGGCUGAAGGAGGAGCGCCGGAAGAAGAUCAACUUCACAUAUGAGAAGCGCCGCCGACGCGUGGGUGGCUUUUUCGGCGACAUGGUGAGCCGAGACGACCAUGGCGGUUAA